UAUCAGUGCCACCUCCUUCUCCUGCUAUAUAGUUGUUGAGUUACAACUGAUAAUGAACCAGUUCUGUGAAGAGGAUUUUACUUCUGGCAACCUUUCCCAACAACGAAUAAAAGGUUGUUAUACAAUGAGGAGACAUCCGGGGACUUGGUGGACUGCCAUUUUCUUUGCCCUGCUCUUUAGUGAUCUCAGCUUGGUCAAGGCCAAAGGUACAAGGCAGAGGAACAAGUCAAAUAGAAAAAGCCUACAAACCAAUCGAGCCAACCCAACCACAGCCCAGCCUUCUGAAGUACUCCAGGGGGCUUUCAUCAGGCAAGGCAGAAAGCUUUCCAUCGACUUUGGGGAGGAGGGCAAUAGCUACUAUGAGGACCAUUACCAACUGUUCCCUGAUGGGAUCCAUUAUAUUGGGUGUGCUGAGUCCAACAUAACGAAGGAUGUCUUCAUCAGCAACUGUGUGAAUGCCACAUACACAGCCAACAAGCUAGAGCCUCCAGAAGAAAAAAAUGCAAGUGAUAUUCACUACAGGGUGCUGGAGCAAUUAAUAAAGGAAUUAUGUGCCCUCAAGCACUGUGAAUUUGGGACAGGAGCUGGCCUUCGACCUUCUUUAGACCAAUCCGUUAUGGUCUACGUGGUAAUUCUGGUUUGCUUUAUAGUAAAAUAAACAAGCGCACAGCCUAACGAAGAGAGAUGGUAAGCAAGCCAGUCACAGGAAAAGACCUAGUUAUCUCAGGCCCCCUUC